CAAAAUGCCUUUUGAUGUCUAGAUGAUUGUAGUCAAAAUUUAUUCACAUUUCUAUUUGUUCACCGUGCGUGUCGCAAAAUUGAAAAAAUUUUGUGAAUCCGUGGAUGUGGAAUAUAAAAAACUGAUAGGUUACAGCAAAACUCGUUUCCUAGGCUUGUUGUCAUCAGUCGACUCAAUAUUAAGAAUUUUUGAUGGUCUUAAGGAGUAUUUUUUGGGAGAUCCCAACACCCCAAAUUCUUUGCUACUAUUUUUUGAAGAUCCAAGGGCCAAGAUGUGGCUGCUUUUCCUUCGUGAUCAAGCAUCUAUUUUCAACAGAACAGUUAAAGCAAGGGAAAGCGACAAUAUUAAUGCAAUGGAAGUUGGGCAUGCACUCAAUUCUUUUGUCCAAUCGCUCGAAUCUCGGAAAAAAGAAGCAUUUUUGUCCGCUACAGUGCAAAAGGAAAUGGAACAUAUUUCUGCUGUUGACGAAAGAGUGUCAAAAGAAGCGAUGCAAGAUCUCUCACGUCAAUUCUAUGGUUCGAAUAUUAAUUUAGAUUUAUUUUCAAUUUAAAAGAUUUUAUUCAUUUCUUUCUUAGA